CCGGAAGAGCGCGCGGGCGCGGCGGGGCGGGUGCGCGGUUUUCCACCUCCGACGUGUUUCCGGCCUUAAAGGCAUUUCGCCCUUCCCUUUAAGACGCGCCGCCCCCUCUCAGUCACUCCCAAGAUGGCGGACCUACUGGGCUCCAUCCUGAGCUCCAUGGAGAAGCCACCCAGCCUCGGUGACCAGGAGACUCGGCGCAAGGCCCGAGAGCAGGCUGCCCGCCUGAAGAAACUACAGGAGCAAGAGAAACAACAGAAAGUGGAGUUUCGUAAAAGGAUGGAAAAAGAGGUGUCAGAUUUCAUCCAAGACAGUGGGCAGAUCAAGAAAAAGUUCCAGCCGAUGAACAAGAUAGAGAGGAGCAUACUACACGAUGUAGUGGAAGUGGCUGGCCUGACAUCCUUCUCCUUCGGGGAAGAUGAUGAGUGUCGCUAUGUCAUGAUCUUCAAAAAGGAGUUUGCACCCUCAGAUGAAGAGCUGGACUCCUAUCGUCGCGGCGAGGAGUGGGACCCGCAGAAGGCUGAGGAGAAACGGAAGCUGAAGGAGCUGGCCCAGAGGCAGGAAGAGGAGGCAGCCCAGCAGGGACCUGUGGUGAUAAGCCCUGCCAGCGACUACAAGGACAAGUACAGCCACCUCAUUGGCAAGGGGGCAGCCAAGGAUGCGGCCCAUAUGCUACAGGCCAACAAGACCUACGGCUGUGUGCCUGUGGCCAACAAGAGGGACACACGCUCCAUAGAGGAGGCCAUGAAUGAGAUCCGAGCCAAGAAGCGUCUGCGGCAGAGCGGGGAAGAGUUGCCCCCUACUUCCUAGGCAUCCCAGCUCCCUGGGACGGGGCAGGGGGCAGGGAGGGAGAAGGCUGCUGCUGUUGGAACCCAUCCUGGAGUCCCAGCUCUGAACCACCUCCUAACAGCCACCACUCAGGCUGGAGGAGGCAGGUGUUUGAUUGGUCACUGUAAGAGCUUGGAGAUGUAUGUGUGCAUGUGAGAGAGAGAGGGAGAGAGAGAGAGAGAGAGAGGGAGAGAGAGAGAGAGAGAGAAUGCACAGGUGGGUAUUUAAUCUGUAUUAUUCUCUGUUCUCCUUGGAACUUUCUUCCCCAUGGGGCUGGGGUUACUUUACAUUCAAUAAACACUGUUUAACCCA